GUCGCAACUGUCAAAAUCAGCGUUUGUUUUCAUGCUGUAUCCCUAGUUGUGUUGUACGGCCCUAGCUCUUUCUUUUUUGACGUGACCAGCGAGAAAAAUGGUGAAGGUUAAGUGCUCCGAACUGAGAACCAAGGACAAGCGGGAGCUCACCAAGCAAUUGGAUGAGCUCAAGAAUGAGCUGCUCAACUUGCGUGUGGCCAAAGUGACCGGCGGAGCACCCUCCAAGCUGUCCAAGAUCCGCGUUGUGCGCAAGGCCAUCGCUCGCGUCUACAUUGUGAUGCACCAGAAGCAGAAGGAGAAUCUGCGCAAGGUGUUCAAGAACAAGAAGUACAAGCCUCUGGAUCUGCGCAAGAAACGCACACGCGCCAUGCGCAAGGCUCUGUCGCCGCGCGACGCCAACCGCAAGACGCUCAAGGAAAUCCGCAAGCGUUCCAUCUUCCCACAACGCAAAUUUGCUGUCAAGGCAUAAAAACACCAUACACCAUCCCUGGUUGUUAACAACUCUUCUAGUGUGCGUUAAGAAUUCUCCUAAAUGAAAACAAAAGGAAUACGAAAUAAAACCAUUUUUUUUAAAUGUGAAA